AUGCGCCUGAGCUCACUAGGCAGCAUCAGCCUAGCUCAAUCAUCGCAACCUCAUAAGACAACACUUCACCUCGUUGUCAGAUCCAUCUUCAAACUUUCAAUUCCGCAAAACAUCAUGCGACUUAUUGACGCUACCACACUUGAGCUACGACUCUUCAUGGAUGAGUCUCUGAUACCGCCAUAUGCCAUCCUAUCACACACGUGGGGCGAGGACGAAGUCACUCUACAGCAGUUUACGAACCAUUCACUGCGGGACGAUGCCACUUUCAAAAACAGCCGCGGCUACUGGAAGAUUCUGAAAGCCUGUCAGCAAGCCCUGAGCGACCGUUUGACGUUAGUAUGGGUGGACACUUGCUGCAUCGACAAGAACUCUUCUGCAGAGCUGAGCGAAGCCAUCAACAGUAUGUUCCGGUGGUAUGAACAAGCGGCGGAGUGUUACGCCUAUCUCGAUGAUAUCAAUGUGGGCUCCGAAGCCUGGGCUGACAGCCUCAUGUCCAAUGACGAUAAAGAACAGCUUGCCAGGUCGCGUUGGUUCACUCGAGGAUGGACCUUACAAGAAUUACUAGCUCCAAAGGAGAUACGGUUCUACGCAGCAGAAUAG